GGAUGUUGAAAUAUUUUCUUACAAACGUUCAUCCAUUUUCGGAACCAUUUAUCCACAUAUAUUAAACCAUGUUUAAUUCUAUAUAAAGGCACUCGGAGAAGAAUGCGUCGCAUUGUAUUAAAAUUGUGUGCGAGUGUUCUUUUUUGAAACUGCAGUGCGCGUGUUUUCCACCAGAGGGUGCAAGCCGUCUGUCUGCCUUACCCAAACGGAGCGGAUGUUUCCUUUCAGUGUAAUUUUUCCUCAAAUAAAUCAUUGGGGGUAACACAUUUUGGUUUGACUUUAAUUUAGUUAAAUCUUUAAAUCACCUAAGGGGACGUGUUUUGUCCAUUUUAAGCUAUUUCUUGUUGCUUUUCAGACAUCGAUCUGCUCAAAAACUCCUCAUAACACAGAAUCCGUUUUGUGUCAUCCGUGCGACUGUGACGAAAUCGGCGUUUUGAUUUGUUUUUGAGUGCGAAUGGGUGCACAAGUUUGGUGCAGCGGCGGCUUUAAAGGCUGCAACCCCGCCCAUGCGCACUAUCACAGGAACGUGGAUGUGCACGCGCACACGCGCGCACGAAAAGUUUGGACGAGUCGUCGUGAUUUGUUCCACGCACUUUGUUCCACUUCACGCUGCGUGGAUUUCUUCCUUGAGGAGAGGUGGCAGACUGUUUUUGUUCUUGGUUUCCCACUCCCCCUUCCCCCGAACCCUGAGCGUGGAUCCCAACGAAGAGAGUGCCGGAGACGGACUGUCUGCGUGAAGCUUUUUCUUGUUGUCAAUCGUGUGACCAGCGCACACACUCGCCCACAAAAAAAAAGCCACCCACAUGGACGCGCACCGUGGCGGCGGCAGCGCGCCCCCGGCCGGCCAGCAAGUGGUGCACGUCCGCGGCGACUCCCAGAGCGAGCUGGAGGCCCUGUUCAGCGCCGUCAUUAACCCGGCCAAAGCCCCCCAGCAGCCGGCCUCGCUGCCCAUGAGGAUGCGGAAGUUGCCCGACUCCUUCUUCAAGCCUCCGGACCCCCGCUUGCACUCCAGACAGGCCAGUUCGGACGGCAGCGCGUGUGCGUCCCUCACGCCUCACCACAUCCGUGCUCAUUCCUCGCCCGCGUCGCUGCCCGUCAACAUGCCCGACGCGGCGGCCGCCGCCGCCCCGCCCGUCAUACCGGACGAUGUGCCGUUGCCGCACGGCUGGGAAAUGGCCAAGACGCCCACUGGACAACGAUACUUCCUCAACCACCUGGACAAGACCACCACCUGGCACGACCCCCGGCUGACGCAGCUCCAGUCCGCCGCCCCGCAGCAGCCCGGCCCGUCCCCCGUCCACGCCCACUCCCUGAGCAACCCGGCCACGGCCACCGCGCCGCCCAACUGCAAUCCAGACGCAGGUGGGCUGCCUGAAGGCUGGGAGCGGGCCGCCACUGCCGAAGGGGACGUGUACUACAUCGAUCACAUAAAUAAGAGCACCACGUGGCUCCACCCGCGUCUAGGCUUGCUGAGCUUGGUCACGCAGCAGCGGAAGGAGAAAGAAAGACUGCGCUGCAAGCAACAAAUGCAGAUGAACACACAGGACACAACCGCAGGAGGAAGAAACCCGAUGUCAGUGGCUAUGGAUCAUGACAGGAACACGCUCGCUCCAUCUGUGGAUGUCAGGAUCCGAGCACCCGCCCACGAGCCCACACUGAACGGCGGCGCUCACUCGCGCAACGAGAGCACCGACAGCGGCCUGAGCGUCAGCAGCCUGCCGCGCUCGUCCGACCUGGCGCUCGCCUCUGCGGAUCACAUGGACACUGAACCUUCCGUCGUAGGUGAGUGCGGCGAGUCGUCGACUUUACAAGACUCGAUGCCUGCCAUGAGCGAGAGUGAGGAGCUGAUGCCCUGCAUCCCGGAGGGUCUGAGUUCAGACCUCCUGAUGGACAUGGAGACGGUUCUGUCUGGCUCACACAUGGACAGGGACAGCCUGCUCACCUGGCUAUAAAGACGCCAUUUUGUGUCUUCUUCCAAGAACACUUUGUGUGUAGAUUGUUGACACUAACACGAGAAAGACUUCAAUUUGCCCCCCCCCCCCCCCCCACACGCGACCAACGCCCAGCGCUACCCUCCCUGGUGCCCUUGAAAUAAUCUCACCUCAGGUGGUCAGAUGCUGGAAUUCAUUCUCUUGGGGAGGUUUUCGGAAGAAUCCACAUGGUCGGGACGCUCAUCGGUAGGCUGAAGCGACGCUUUGGGCACGCAGGAGCCCCAAAUGUACGCGUCAUUUGUAUAUUCUGGCUCCUUUCACCAGUUAAUUAUAAUACCAUAAAACAGUGCACAACAUAGAUAAACAGAACACUUAUAAUAAUCCACAAAAGAAAAAAAAAAUCCAUGACGCGCACAGGCGCAAUGUACCUACAGCGCCUUUCUAAUUGAUCUGAUUGCACCGCUCGUCAGUUAUCCGUAGAUGCCACCUCACAUAACAGAAAAUAACAGAAUGCCUAGAAAGAAAGAUAAAAAAAAAUCCACUUGCGUGUGUGCUAGCUAUUUGUUUUAUACGUCUUGCAGUGGCUCCUCGCACCACCUUGCACAAAUUAAACAGAGUGUUGCACAAUCUCCAAAUGAAGGGAAGGUGUUUAAUCUUGUGAAGUAAUCGUAUGCAUUUGACGGAAAUGUGUUGUUGCGGUUUCUCGUACUGAGGGCCAUUCCUAAUCGUUCCUUCACCCUCUUGUACCAUGCCAGAAGCUCCAAAUAUUAGGAAUGGCCGAGGAAAUGAAUGCACUGAGUGGAGUACUGCCGGCCGUUCCGAAUAUUCUGGUUUAGCCUUCUCGUGUGGUGUUGUCGUUGGCGGCCAUUUUAACGCCGUUGUUACUCCUGGAGGUACGCUACAAUCCUUUACCUUGGCAAUAAACAGCAAAUGAAGACUUUUUUUAAAAUUUUAUUUGAAUGUUUUUAAAGGCUGCUUAAUGGAGCAACAUCCUAAUUGUAGAAGUUGCGGUGUGCUUUUAAUAAGAUUCUACGCGUAUCAUUCAUACCCCUUCAGUGCAACGUUAGCUUAUUUGUUUUAGGAUGAUGCAUGACACUCCCCUUAUGGUAUACGAAUAUAUACGUAACAAUGAGCUUUAUUAUCUAUUUACAGAGUUGUGUACCUUUUUUUAUGCAUGCGGUUCAUCUAUCCAUUUUAUUCUCACUAAUUGUUUGAACUCCAUAAUAAACGUUAAAUAAAUGCAAACCAUGGAAGUA